GCCCUUCAUUGACUUCCGGAACAAACAACGAGCAUGGGUUUCACGAAGAAGAAAAUCAAAGCGCCAAAGAAUCGAAAAACUAAACACUUUCUAGUAUUUGACGAAAAAGCAAGGGCAGACUACCUGACAGGAUUCAGAAAGAGGAAAGCUGAGAGAAAGAAAUAUUAUGAAGAGAAGGUGAAGAAGAGGAUGACUGAAGAAAGGAAGGAACUAAGGAAGCAGACACGAGAGAUGAUGAAGACGAGGAUGAAUCAGCAGCGGGUGUUCACGGUGCCUGAGGUGGAACACUUGGUGGAUGCCACAGAGUUUGAUCUGCCCAACCACACCGUCACCAUCACAGACAUCGCCGAUGUUGACUUCUCCUCUGAGGGGGGACUUCGUCUGGGACAGAAUUUGGCUGCAGAAGAUAGUGAAGAAGAUGAAGAAUCAGAAAUGAAACAACCCAACAUCAAGAAGAUAGAUAAAAGUCUGGCCCGUCUCAAGAAGAAACUUCAAAAGUGUGGAAAUGCUGAUAAGAAGAAGAAAAGAUCUGGGGGCUCCAAGAUAAAGUCAAAAAGUGUUAAGCCCAAAGGAAAGAACAAAGCAAAGAAAGCAAGAAAGAAAAAGUGAACUUGUAUAUUGUGUUGAUAAAAACUUGUAUUUUCA